AUGGCUGCUAAAAUGCCAAAAUCCAUAGCAAGUUCGAAACAAGCUAGAGUGCAGAAGAUAUGCACCCUGUGGACUCACGAUGAGAACUUUUCGAGAGACGACGUCGUUUUCAACAGUGACAGGUUCCCCGAACUUCCGAUCACGCCCGGCUCCUUGCUACAGAUUGUAGCCGUCAACCCUGGCACAGCCGUACGAGACUUCUCAUCGUCCACCAAGGUUCCACCACAUGAUUCAGCUCAAGCGAAAGCAGAGUCUGUAUCUAAGGAUGCUGCUGAGACUCAGUCGAGAAGAAGCCGUCGGGGUUCAUUCUCAAAAACCAUUGAUGAAAACGGAUCCAUUGUCCCAGGCGGUCGCGAUAUCGAUACAGAGAAAACGUACAUCUUUGCUCCAAAGCCGCUGCCACACGAUCUGAAACCAAAGCAUACGAACUUGCAGAUUUCCAUAGCGGAGAAGAUUGCCAAAGUAUUUGGCUUUCGCAAUCGAAUGCAGGUCAUUAUUACGGAGGCCGAUGAAGCUAGACAUGAAGCCCAUCAUGUUGAGCUUGUAUUCCGUGAUGAAUACCUGGCGCGGGCGGACAUGUGGCGCAUGGCAAUAGCAGAACUCAGCAGACGAACCGUCUAUCGGGGCCAAAAGCUACUCUUCAUGGGCACCAUCAAAGCCACUGUGAAGCAGAUCUACAUAGAUGGACAAUCCGUGCAUUCUGGAUACUUUUCGCCAACCACCAAGCCAAUCUUCCGUAGCGAAUCCGCUCGGUAUGUCCUGUUCAUCCAAAUGUCCCGGGAGAUGUGGGACUUCGACGCUGAGGGCGCUGGCGAAAUUAUGUUCAACAAGGUCGUCAGCGGAUUUUUACCUGAUUUGUUCAAAAGAUGGCUGAAAAUCAACGCGAAGCAUGUCGUGACGAUCAUUCUAUUCACACGUAUGCAAUACGACGAAGAUACCUUGGUUGAUUGUUCAGACUACAAGACAAAUCACAACGAAACGGAUUCGAACACGGACAAUUAUAGGGACUACUACCGAGUUGUUGUCAGUGACAUGGCCAGUGGAGACUGGAUCAAGAUCCUACAUCAGUUGAAAGUCGAAUUUCGAACGUUUCUUCGCGAGGUAUCGCUAGUGUCUAGAUCAAUGAAUGGUGCACAAGACACAGGCAGCAUUAGAAAUGAAGUGCAGGAUCCGGAGGUCAACACCAUUAUAGCUGGCAAGCCAUCGUCGGCAAGCCAGGGAAACAUUCUGGAGGCUAUAAACCUAGCGGCGGCACAAUUUUCGAAAGACCACAUCGAUCGCGACCUGGUACGGACUGGUAUUUCGGUGGUUGUGAUUACCCCGGGAACUGGCGUAUUCGAGGUUGACUACAACAUGCUGAAAUUGACCACCGACACGUUGGUUGGAUCUGGAAUAGGCAUUGACCUGGUGUGCUUGUCACCUAUGCCUCUUCAUUCAGUACCGCUGUUCAAAUACCGGAAUCCCUCGGUAAUAUCAGACUCGAAACCUAAACGUGACAAUGACAUGUACGAAUCGGCGGGAGCUGCAAGCGAAGUCGACGAAAAGACCCCAAAACAGAACCGACCAAACUUUCGUUCUAAGCCCGAAAUAGGCCCUAUCAUCACAUCAGCUGGUCAUGACGGUCAGGUCACUCCGGCACUAGGAUUGGACCACGACUGGAAGUUCGCAAUGCCCUAUUGGGUCGACGUUUCGUUUUGGUCUAGGCCAACUGACGACGUGCUUGAACUGACUAAAACAAGGACUGCACAUAGAGUUGUGAAACGUUCUCACAGGAAACAUCGAACCUUUUCUUUGAGGUGUCGUCUUUACGAAUUGCAGAUGAUGGGCGUCAUCGAGAACGAGCUUGGUGACAUCUCGUUGCCCUAUCUUGAGGAGGAACACAGUUACGAACGCGCGUACCAAAAGGCCGGGACUCAUGAAUGCAGAGCUGAAGCCAGCCGAGCCGCUUUGAACGUCGCUGAAACUUCCACUGGAUCAUUUUCCUCUAGAGGCGAUCGGGAUUGUCUGGACUCGAGGAAGACUGCCUACAAAGCGUGGAUGGACGAUUAUGAUGUUGAUAUCUUCUUUCCUGCAAGCGGAUCACCUUCCCAAAGAUUGCAACCGAGUAGCGAUGGAAAAAGGCAAAGCGAACUGGAGUCAAAUUUAUCCUCAGGACCGUCCAAAGAGUCCUUUCUGUCGACAUCAUUCCGCAGUAUUCGGACAAUAACAGGAAGAAACGCGCGGCCAUCGCCGGAUAUGACUAUGCAUCAGGCUUCAAAUUCCAGAACAAGGAGCACUCAAGAACCAUCGCCUCGCAGUGGUUCUCACCGCUUUAUAGAAAGCAGACAUUCAGCCGCCCCGCGAGCGGAUGUUGUGCGGAGACAGAAGUUUUAUGGAAACAUCACGAUCGACAACGCUCCUCCUAGACAUAGUCGAAAGAGCUCUGGCGAGUCCCAUGCUCCUCUCAAGUCAGUACACUCCACCCCGAACAAGACACCUACAUCCAGCCAAGCGCAGUCUCCACUACGAAGAGCUGGCUUGCCUGCCACUCCGACCGCCGCUAGUCCAGCGCCAGUGAGAGAAUCGCUAAAGCCUCGACCUUCGAACUGGUUCUUGAGACAAAUAAGCUUCGGUGGGAAAGCUGCGCCUGUCAAACCGACUCUGGGAGACGCCACUACCGACAUCUCGCAAGGCCAGGUCAAACCUGCCAUGCUCACCAUCGAGAAGAGUCAAAAAGGCGCGAUCGCUGAGAGACUGGCGAGCACCAGGCUGAUUUCAACCGAGAAACCAUCCCAACCAAUUGCAAUACGGUCAUCAUCUCGCGCCGGAAUUUCAUCUACUGGCUCGCCAUCCCCGGACCAAAACGGUCGCUCUGUGGAAACCGUACGAGAACUGCGAACAGAACGCAGCGCGGGACCAUCCCACCCAGGCUCCGUCAAAAAAGAUCCAGGUUCCACAUUUCUUCUCGCUGGAGGGCGGAUCGUUGGCGACACGAAGCCAAAUCUCGAUGUCUCAUCAAGUGUAGGAGGUAAAGACGCGCCAAAAACCCUGUCACCCACCAGUGCAAUCGCACCGUGGGCAGUUUUGGUCAACCCAUGCAAUCCGAAGAAGAAUGUUCUCAACGCCAUGAAUCAGUAUCGUCGUUGGCAUCAUGUAUUUCCGAGAACUCUACGGACUGGGACAAUGAAAUGGAGAUCGCUGUGUUCGCCUGCGGCCGUGCCUCUGACGCACGAAUGGUUCCCGACCGCAGAGCAGCUCUCAUCAGAGUAUAACGAAAGUCCGUACAAGAUCACCCAGAGCGACGACGAAGAGCUACCAGAAGCUGCCAGAAGCCGAGAAACGCUCAUACGAGAGCUCAUCGCAUUCCGCCUCUCGCACGGAUUCCAGAUCAUCACCGGCUCGGCGGUUGCGGAGUUCUCCGGCAGACAGGAAAAGUCGCUGGCUGGUGUUCUGGCGCCGGGAUACAUGGCCUCGGAGGGAGACACGGUGUUCAUGACUGUCGGCACAAGCAUCCAUCAACUGGUGUGUGUCGCUAGCGGAGAGGUGGAGGUCAAGCGGUAUCAUCGAAAACCGACCACUGCAUUGGAGUCUUCAGCGGGCGUCGAUACGCCCUUCUCUUACCGACCGUAUAUUCGAACUGCGUUCGAGCCAACAUACGAACCACGUGACAUCACACUGCAGCCGCCCCGAAAGGAGUACAACUGGAACUUCAUCGACACGUUCCUGGCCGGGUAUCAAGAAGAGUUUUCAGAUGUCUUACGAUUUUGGAGGGCACGAUUUGUUUUGAUUCCAGUGGAGAUUCCUUGCAUGAACCGGCGUCCACUACCUAUGCUUGCUGAGGAUUCGGAAGAGGAGGUGAGGCUAGAGGGGAUCAGGAAGUUGACGCAGCUGUGGCAAAGAUACCGGUACUUUCCUCCCGAAGAGCGCUUCUCGCAAGGUGCGACAUGUGCGAAGCAAAAGGAUCCGAACCCUCUGGCCAUUGAGUAUCACACACGCGAUCCUUCGGCUGUGGUAGCCGCUGGCCCGGUCAACACUCUCUUCAACCGUUCCGAUGGCGAGCUUGCGGGCUCGACGGUCCCGGAUGCGGACAAAUAUCAUACUUCCAACAUGGACCUCAAGAAGCUCGCCGAGGACCUACAAAGCGAGAGAGGGAUACCGAUGCUCGAUCGGCGUUGGCACUGGAAGCUACACUACAACUGCUUCCUUGGGUUCGACCUCACCAAUUGGCUGCUGAACAACUUCAAAGACGUGGACAGUCGUGAAGGUGCGGUCGAUCUUGGCAAUCAACUGAUGGAGAGAGGCCUGUUUCAGCAUGUGCAACGAAGGCACCCGUUCCGCGAUGGCAACUUCUUCUUCCAGAUCGCUGCCGAGUAUCGAGCUCCAAGACCCGAAUCGCGCGCAGGCUGGUUUGGGUUGCGCAAGGUGGACAAGUCUGUGCCCUCUACGCCACUGUUUGAGGGGCCACGAACCUCGCCACUUGCGGCCAAGGGAAGCAUGUCUAGGCCGAGCACGGCGGAGUCAUCCUCUGGCGCUUCUGAAUCGGCGAGGGAAGGCGAGAGGAUACCGACGCGGGAGGGCGCUGCUGGGCGAAAGGUCACUUUGUCGCGCGCCAUGCGCUAUGAUGUUGAUCCAAGGAAGCGUUCUUACCGAUCUGAGAUCAUCUCGCUACACUACGAUCUAGUGCACAAUCCGGAUAACUGCUACCACAUUCGCAUCGACUGGAUGAACGUUACAGCGAAGCUGAUCGAGGACGCCAUUGUCACGUGGGCUACCAGCGUUGAAAAGUAUGGCCUCAAGCUGGUCGAGGUUCCCAUUGCCGAGCUGGCGAAGAUUACCGACUACCAUCCGUUCCGAUCGCCCUAUCAGAUCAAGCUCGCCAUGCAGCCUCCACAGAACCAGACAGAGGCCAUGUGGGACUCGAUGCACUUCUCAGCGCAGUAUUCGCGCACGGACAAGUUUGCGUACCACAAAGCGUUGCUGCGCAAGCUCCACUUUGUACUGGACACAGAAGCUGCCAAUGCGUUCCCUUCUGAUGUGGAGGUGUCUUAUUCCUGGGGCCGCCCUGAUUACCAGUACACGCAAUUCAUCCACCGGACUGGUGGCUUGCUGGCCCAGAUCAGCGAGGAGGGACACUUUCUCGUGCUCGCCAAUCGUCUGGCGCACAAUCGCGCCAAAGACAUGAGCAGGAUCCGACCUCUCGAUCUGCACGAACACAAGAAGGUGAGCACGGACGGUAGCCAGAGCAGCCGGCUCCCGUCGACAGCUGCCGUGGAGCGCGGCCAUGCCCAUCGCAGCCCCUUCUCCAGUCCGCUGGCAAGGCCGGUGCAGGACGCUAGCCUGCUGCACACGGCGUUGGAAAGACAGAGUGCAGCGGCGCACGCAUCGCCCUUUGCGGUGGCGAGUCAGACGCCGGAGCAAGUCAAGGAUGAGCUGGAAGCGUUCUGUUCUGACGCAGCCUUGCUUGCCCACUUCUACAGCGAGGCGUUCAAGCAGGCGCCGUCGCCGUCGCCACGUAUCCUUCCCGUUCUCGACAACAACAUCCCCAGCUUGGGGCUACCGCCGGCGAUUAGCAUUCGCGAAGCCAGCCCUGGGAACGCAGGUUGGACACCUGGGGCUACUCUUGCGGGGAGGGGUGCGGCAGCGGAACGGAUGGGUGGGGUCAGUGAGAUGGGCUUUAGCACGACGAGCGGCGUAGCGGGAAGGAGACAAGGGAGUGAAGGGAGCGUGUCGACGCUAGGGAAGCGGGGGAGCAUUACCGAGAGCUUGCCGAAGAGGCAGGACAGUCAGGGGAGUGCGGGGGGUGGAGCGUGA